ACCGUCUUUGGGAGGCGCAGACAUCCUAGAUAACCUCAAUAAUCUGGAGCAAGACAUCAAAGAUGAGGAACUUUCGGAAUCUACUCAUCGAGACGUAUGUUUGGAAACUAAUUACGAUAGAACUUACGUCGAGAAUUGGAUCGAAACGUCGCCCUUGUCGAACACUGACGUAGAACCAUUACAACCGAUACAGCCGAGUAUGAGCACGACAGGCGGUGCGACUUCUAACUGUACAGCAAAGAUAAAUAUGAAACUCGGAACGGUACCGAAGCUCUUCUCGGGACUGUGUUAUCCUUAUUUCUUGGAGCUCGGCCAGAGCUGCAACAACAAGCGAUGUAUGAGGUAUCAUAAGGUGCCAAUUGACAAAUUCUCCACCAGGUGUAUCGAGACUCCUCCUAGCGAACUUUGGGACGCUUACUCUUACUGUCUGAGAUUCCAUAAGCUGUUGAGCGAGUUUUAUCGGUGCUUCAUAAGCGGUUUCAGUCACCACAAAAUGAGGACAGAGUUGUGCUCCUGCCUUGAGGACUUUUUCAGUCCCUCUCUCAAGAGUGUCAUCGACUCCACUGAAGCCGUGGAAUAUACUAUUGAAGCACUCGAACGUACUGGGAUGACUUUUCUUGAAGCUGUCCAAAUGGUUAUGUUCAAAGUCGGUUUGACCAGUUACCCUAAUUUCUACGAAAUAAUAUUCGACAUCCUAACCAGAGGAGGCAACAUUGUCGAAACAUGGAGCACGAUCAAAGUCGCCUCGUCCGUGACGGGCAAUAUACCUCCGAACAUCGUCGAUAAGAUCCUGCGCAUGGUGCAUUCCACUUACCCUCUGAACAAGCAACUCUGCAUCGACAUCUACAACUUCAUAGUAUGCCAAAAAAUGACGGACCUCACCCGAGUCAACGAACAACUGAUCACGCCACUGAGGACGCUCGCGAUGUUCCGGGGAGACGAAGGCCCUCUUGCGCCGGUCCGCAACCUGAACGUCGGUAUCAGCCCGUUGAGGAACAGGAACUCGUCAAGACCCGUCGCCUUGUUGGAUGACGCCGCAGAUCAGGGUUCUGACGUUGCGUAUUCCAGCGAAGCGACCGUCAGGGCUUCCGGUAAUUGUUAUGAGAGGUCUUCGGGAUCCAGCAGUAGGAGCGGCUUCGGAAACUACAAUGAGAGGGCGGAGUCGUCUCCUCAACAGCAGCAGCAGGAUAUUGACUAUUACGUGCCCCAGUCAACUGUUAUGAGUGAUGUUAACAGACCAAGCUAUCGGACUACUAAGGACUACCAGGUACCGCAUUCAGCCCCUUGCCAAUCCACUUCUUCCACCUUAUACCAGAGCUCCUUUCCACAUCCCCCUCCUUUCACCCCCAGCUACUCUAUCAACUCCGUUUCAACCCACACCUCCGUUUCGCCUCCCGCAUUCGUUCCUCCUCCCAUCUUUGUUCCCCCUCCCGCCUUUGUUCCCCCUCCCGCAAUGUUUCCCCCUCCCACGUCGGUUCCCCCUCCCACCUCGAUGCCCCCUCCCACCAUAGAUCACCCCCAAAUCGACACCAGACCGAUCUUUGGGUCUGCUAAGUACAGGUCCAACUUCAAGAUUGACGUCUCGUUGCACAACCUCCUUCCCGACAGCAUGGAAUGCGUCAGCAUGAACGAAUACGAUGUGAUCAAGCUCAAUGACGCCAUCAAGAAUAAAAAAGCCAGAGAAUUUCUCAGACUGCUCGAGAAUUACAAAGGGGCGCCAACUGUAGAGAGCUUCAUCACUAUGACGGUUGCUCACUUGAAGAGCUUGCACGACAACUGUAAGAUAAGCGAAGCCGUAUUCGGUUUGCUGAACAGUCUCACCACCAUAAGAUCUGAUUAUAUGAAAGAAACGCACAUCAAAGGAAUUCUGGAGGUGAUCGUAUUCAACCUCCUCUUCUUCUUCGAGACAAGAUGCUUGUGGAGGAAUGCAAGGUCAUUGUUGGAGAUGUUCUACGAUUGGGACAGCUUGAUUUCUUCGAAGAUCUACGUUUGCUGGAGACGAUUGAUAAGUGGCAGUUUCACGCUUCUUCUCAGGACUGGGAGAGCAGGAAUUCGGUGUUCCGCGAUUUCUUCAAAGCAGGAUAUCGACAAAAUAUCGCCCUGGUGGCAGACAUGUACCGUCAAGUAUUCACUAUUAAUAAUAAUCAAGAUCAAGUUUUUCUGGAGCUUUUCAAGAGCAUGCUGAUUUCGUUGAUCAAUGAAGAGAAUGUAACGUUGUUGAAGGCUUUCAAUUCCGAAAUUUUCCACCGUAAAAUGGAGAAGAACAUUUUACGUGCCUUCGCCAUAGUUAUCAGCGAGAAGAUUCCUAAGGAGGAGAAGUUCGCUUUGUAUGAGACCUGUUGUAAGAAGGGCAUUUACGAGUUUUAUUCGACGCGAAUACUCCUGCGCAACAACAUGACUGAUGCAGAGCUGAAGCUCGUCUUCGAUUACUAUCUCCACAAAGUCUCCUUGGGAAACAUUCCACCUCUUACGGACGUGAUCAUCAGCAUCAAACUGCCCCAGGGCUCGAACCCCAAGUAUCCCCUGAUCCUAAUGAAACCCGUCCGGAGUUUUACUGACAUCAACAAGGCUGUGACAGAACUGUUGCACCGCCACUACAACAUCGUGGCUACGGAAGAUGGCAACACUGGCUUCAUGAGAAUAUCGGUCGAACAGCUGGGGAAUUGGCUGAUUAGGGAAAUGUCUUCAAGGUGUUAGAGGUCGGGUUUGCCAUUGUGAAGCCUAGCGGCUUGGGGGUUUGUGGAUUUGUUCGUUUGCAAAGCGCGAAUUUUGAGGCAAACAACAAGGAAAGAUCGGUUCAUUUCGUUUUUAACUCGGAAAGAAGCAGGUGAAUUUUGAUGCAUAAUAAUUGAAUAAUUUUUAUACAGUGAACUUUGAUCAAGACGCGUUUCACUACAUAGUAGUUUCUUCAGUUGAACUGGUACCUUAACCUAGUUUAUAUUCUAUUUUAUUGAAGUUACAGAGUUUGAACAGAGUGAUCAACUUCUUUUUGGUUGUUCAAUUGGGAAAUUGACUGGUUUUGUUAAUUCAAAUUUCCAGUAAAUCUAAUAGGGUUAAUUAUUGCCCUUCAUUUUCUUUAUGUAAUAUUUUUUAGUCCACUUUGAAAUGUGGCUGUUCUCUAAAAGGUGACAUACUCAGAUGGAAUUGGGCGUUCUUUAGUCCAAAACUCGUUUUGUGUUCUUAAAUUCUCGUUUUGAAAUUUCUACAUGUUCUUCCUAUAUAAACUUUUGGGCACGAUCCACAUGCCAGUUUAUAGACACCUGAUUUGUUGUCCUUAUCACAACAAAUCGAACGUUGAAAAGGACAACAAAUUAUGUCUACUAACUGGCAUGUGGAUCAUGCCCAAAGGUGUACAUAGGAAGAACAUCUUGAAAUUUCAAAACGGGAGUUUUAGAACACUGAACGAGUUUCAAACUAGAGAACAACGAUUCUUUCUACCUGUGCUUGCCACCUUCUAGAAGACAACAAC